CACGCCGCUCGCCGUAGUGACCUUUUGCUAGCUGGGGAAGUGGGGAGUAGGGAGGCGGGUCGGGACCUGGCAGUCGCGUCGACCUCCCCGCCGCGCCCACGGCACUCGCCACUCCACCCACCAGGCCAAGCACGCGGCGGCGACGCCAAAGCAUCAGGGCACCAAUGGUUGUGCUCCCCGCGGCCCCGCGGCCCCUACUCCUACAGUCCUAAAUAAUAGCCUUCCAUUCCAAUCUGUUCCCACAGUUCAGUCGCACACUCGGGCGGGUCAAAUUCGACUCGGGAGGAACCAACCACCCGGAAAUUCCCCCCUCCUCCAGUCUCCACUUGAUCGGCGAGGCGCUGCGGCCGCGGGCGAAUGGCGUCGGAGGCGGAGUCGCCCGUGGUGAUCCACGCGUGGUCGGCGCCGCGCUCCCUCAGCACCAGCCUCAUGUACUCCUUCGCCCAGAGGGACGACAUGGAGGUGCUUGACGAGCCUCUCUACGCAAAUUUCCUGCGUGCCACAGGCGUCGACAGGCCCUACCGGCAGGAGCUCCUGUCCAAAAUGGACCCUGAUGGAAAUAAGGUUGUCAAGGAGGUGAUUUUUGGCCCAGGGGACAAAAAGUAUCGUUACUGCAAGCACAUCUCAAAGCAACAUCUCCCAAAUCUGUCAAGCGACCUCAUGAAGAAGGGAAAACAUUUCAUAUUGAUACGGAACCCUCUAGAUAUACUGCCAUCUUUUGAUAAAGUCGUUCCACCAUCCUUCAUGGAGCUUGGCAUAGGCGAACUUGUCUCAAUAUACAGUGAAUUAUGUGGACUUGGGAGCCCACCCCCUGUGAUAGAUGCAGAUGAUCUGCAACAGGAUCCUGAGGCCGUCCUAAGUGGUCUCUGUGAGGAUCUGGGCAUUCCUUUCCAGCCACAAAUGUUGAAAUGGGAAGCUGGCCCCAAGGAAUUUGAUGGUAUAUGGGCACCCUGGUGGUAUGGGAGUGUGCACAAGUCUUCAGGUUUCUCUAAGCCUCGCCAAUAUCCUCUGACUUUCCCAUUCGUGUUUUAUGACCUGCUUGAGCAAAGCUUGCCUUUCUACAACAUGCUGAAGCGCCAAAUAAGGAAGAUAAGAGGACCGCAGCAACCACCAUUAUCGGACCCUCCUCUGCCUGUCCCUGCAAAUAAAAACAUUCUUGUUUGGGUUGGAGAUGAACUUUUGCCCCGUAACAGUGCAAAGGUUUCAGUGUUUGAUUCAGUUGUACAAGGAGGAGAUGCUGUUUGGGAAGGUUUACGUAUAUAUGAUGGAAAAGUAUUCAAAUUAGAUGAACAUUUGGACAGAUUGUUUGAUUCUGCAAAAGCUAUGGCCUUCAGCAAUGUGCCUACUCGUGAUUGGAUUAAGGAUGCCAUCUUUAAGACUCUGAUUGCAAAUGGAAUGUUCAACAAUGCUCAUAUAAGGCUCACGCUCACCCGUGGGAAAAAGGUGACAUCUGGAAUGAGUCCAGCUUUCAAUCUUUAUGGGUGUGCCUUGAUUGUGCUUGCAGAGUGGAAACCACCAGUUUAUGAUAACUCUCAUGGGAUAAAAUUGGUUACUGCCACCACACGUCGAAAUUCUCCAAAUAGUAUAGAUUCCAAGAUUCAUCACAACAAUCUUAUCAACAAUAUUCUGGCAAAGAUAGAAGGUAAUCUUGCCCAGGCUGAGGAUGCCAUUAUGCUAGAUAAGGAUGGCUUUGUAUCAGAAACAAACGCAACAAAUAUUUUUAUGGUCAAAAAGGGAAUUGUAUUGACACCUCAUGCUGACUAUUGCCUUCCAGGCAUUACGCGAGCAACUGUCAUGGAUCUUGUGGUGAAAGAAAACUUUGUGUUACAUGAACGACGCAUUAGUCUGUCAGAAUUCCAUGCUGCAGAUGAGGCGCGGACGCGCAUGGCCAAGGUGUGUGUUGCUGCUGCCGCGGCACAGAUGCCACUGCAGCACAUGUCGCUGCUGCCGCAGAAGCUGCCCUGGACGCUACCGCUGCAGGCACAGUCGGCUUGGGCAUGGGUUCUUUCCCCACACUCCUGUCGCAACCCCUUCCUCCUGGUCUCCUCCGGUAUGGACAACCGGAACAAUGGGUGAAAUCACACCGGUUGUAAUGAUUGAUGGACGUGAAAUCGGCGACGGGAAAAUUGGUCCAGUCACUAGACAAAUCCAGAAGGCAUACAAGAUCCUGACAGCAGGGCAAGGAGUACCGAUACCGGGGGUUGCUGAGGUGUAAUUGUCUAAGAUGCAUCCCUUUAUCUAGUUAGGAUCAGUCCCCCAAGGAGCUCAAUGAUAUCAGGCUAGCGCAACAAUAAAUUAAUAAUCUGCAUUGAUCACUGAUGUUCAAAGACACCAUGGUGCCGUUUGGUUCACAUAUUUGUAACGUAAUGGGUAAGUGAUAACGUUAAAUUAUGUUUGUUUUAGUCCAACCGUAAUCAGAUAUCAUACUAAAAAUUGAUACCGAACUAUUCAAACUUGUUACGGCCAGUAAUCGAGUGUAAACCAUUACCCUUUACGUUACAUUUCGCGAACCAAACAACACUCAGUCAUUGUUAUUCGAAACAGGAUACUGCUGGAGAUUAUAAACGCAAUAAGCCAUUGCGCUGGCAUGCGCUC